GCGCUCCACCUCUAGAAGAAUCGCCUCCCCUCUUUCAAUCGCUAGGGCUUGGCAAUCGCAUGCGCCGUCCGCCGUCACCUCCCUCAUCUGUCGCUCAUCCGUAGCGGGCGGAACCAAGCCAUGUGUCCAGGUUCUCCUGGUCCCGAUCCAUUGGACAACUUCUUUGUCAGGUUUCAUUACUAUGGAUCAUUUCAGCAAGUGGAUGGAAAGUUGGAUUACAUUGGGGAAUUGGUGGCAGAGAUGUUCAUUCCAAGGGAUAUUUUGUCCUAUAAAGAAUUAUGUAACUAUGCAGAAGAUAUUCAUCAAGUGGAAAGAGGUCACUACAGAGGUACUUACAGCUACAAAUUACAUUGGUUACUUCCAGGAAAAAAAAUUCAGUGAUGGUCUUAUGUUCCUGUCGGAUGAUGAUUCGGUGAAGAGGAUGGACAUUGGAAUAAAAGAUGGUGGUUAUGCUGAUGUUUUUGUUGAAGAAAUGAACAUGCCAAUUCAGCAGGAGCACUUUCUCCGUGAUAAAGAAAUGCACCAAGACCAAACCAUGCUAUCUGGUAGUGAUGAGCAGUUUGACAUAUGUGUAGGUGAUGAGCAAUUUGACAUAUAUGCAGGUUUGUUGUCAGUAAAUGUAAGAGAAACUUACUCUAGGCACAAAGGGACAAAAUUACCACUUAUUAGUGUGAAAGUUGUUGACACAAAAAUGGUUGAUGAGAUGGUAAGUGCUGCUGAAAAAGCUCUAGUUAGUGCAUCAUCUGCUCAUGAAACAGAGAGAGAAGUUGCGGCAGGUCCAACUGAGUUGGAGGCACACUUUGGUGCAACUGAAGUUGUUGUACCUCCUAAGAUGGAAGUAACAAGAAGGGCAGUUGCUGCAAAUGGAACUGAAACAGUAGCACAAUCUGUUGCAACUACAUCUGAAAUAGUGCGACAGUUUGAUGUAAGAGCUACUGAAACAGAGAAAGAAGUUGCUGCAAUAGUUGGUGCAGAUAAUGAUAUAUCAACUGAACAUGUUCCAGCAGCAGAAGCACCUCCUGUUGACAAAUCCGAUGAAGAGGACAGUGAAUAUGUGCCAAUACCUGAUUGUAGUUCUGGAGAGGACUCGGAGGCAGAGGAACUGGGAAAUCUUGCAAGAGAGAUUAGGAGGAAUGAGAGAGCUAAGAAGCUUGGGCGGAGAAGUGGAAUUAUAAUGCAAGACAAUAAAGUACAAUGUAAAUCUGAUGAUGAUUUGGAUGCUGGUUUUGAAACUCCAUAUUUUGACUCUGAUGAGGAUAACUUCUCUUAUGAUGAAGAAAGUGAUGAAGAAGGAGGUACCACUAUGGUUAGAAGGAAGAGCAAAUGGCCUAGAUUUGAUAACAAAGCUGAAAAACCCAACUUUCAGCUUGGCAUGGUUUUUAGAAGCAGAGAGCACAUGAAGAAAGCAGUGAUUUCCUAUGGAAUUAAAACUCACAGGCAUUUGUUGUUCAGCAAAGAUGAACAUGACAAAGUCAGAGCACAACAGGUCUCUGUUCAACUAUAAUAGAGCACGGUCGGCUCAAUUCACAGUUGAAGGAGCAAAGGACAUGAUGAAUAUAGACCCAAUUCACUGGAGUAGGGCUUACAUGAAGCUGGGAAGCUACUGUGAUUCAGUUGACAAUAAUAUGUGUGAGUCAUUCAAUAACUGGAUCAUGGAAUCAAGAUAUCUACCUAUUAUAUCUAUGCUGGAGUGGAUAAGAUGCAAAAUUAUGGUGAGGAUACAAGAAUGCAUUACCAAGUGUUUGAAAUGGCCAGGAAUCAUAUGUCCAAACAUAUUUAAAAAACUAAAGCAGAAUAUAACAAGAUUUGGAAAUUGUCAUGUGAUCUGGAAUGGAAGAGAUGGGUUUGAGGUGUUAGAGCAUGAUAAAUACAAGUACACUGUGAAUUUGCAAACUAGGGUUUGUUCUUGUAGAUAUUGGCAGCUUUCUGGUCUACCCUGCUGCCAUGCAAUAAGCUGCAUCUACAAGAGCUCACAACUGUUGGAUGCAUACAUAGUUGAGUGUUAUUCCAUUGAGGCUUACAAGAAAAUAUACUCUCAUGUGUUGGAGCCAUUGGAAGGUCAGUCAAAUUGGCCGGUUGCUGAUCAUGUGAGGCCACAAGCACCUGGUUACAUCAAAAUGCCAGCAAGGCCAAGGAAAGAAAGGAAAAGAGAAGAAGGAGAAGCACCAAAAGGGAUAAAAAUGAGCAAGGUGGGUGG